AUGGCGGAGACUGAAGUCAAGUCCAAUUCUUGUGCGGAUGACCUCGAGAAACGUGUAAUGAAGGUUUUCAAGGAGGCCACCAAAGACUGUGAGGACAAGGAAUCUGAGUCUGAGUCGGCUGCCGUACUGCCUGAUGUGGCCAUCUACACCGUUGUCAUUUGGGCCUGCAUCUCUGCCGGCAAGAUCAUGGCUGCUCACAAGGUCUACCACCACAUGAUAGCCAACGGUGUCGCCCCCACCUCCUGCACUUACAUUAUUCUCAUCAACACACUUGCAACAAACUCAUCUUCUGAUGUCAAUUUUAUUGGGUAUGCCAAGAAGUAUUUUUUGGAAAUGUUGGAUAAGGGGAUGACGCCUAUUUCGUCCUCCUACAUGGCCGUCUUCAAAGCCAUUGCUCGCCAGGAGCCAGUGGAGAAGGCCAGGGAGUUCCUUGAGCAGAUACAAACAAAGGGGUUCAGCCCUAAGUUGGAUGUUCCUCACUUUGAUGUGGCCUACAUGGAAGAAGCAAUGAAUGCGUUGAAGAUGUCUGAUGUUCUUAUCAACGCCACCACUGACAACAAGUUGCAAAAACUCUACCGUGAGUGGAGCACCACCCGCAAACCCCUCAGGGAUGAGUUUCCGAAGAUGUACAAAGCCUUGAAAGCCGAUGGCAAUGAUGACCAGGCCAUGGAGCUCUAUAGGCGCGCUUGGGAUACAAACAUAAUUCCAGAGGUCGUACUUCACACUGGUGUUAUUGAAGACUGUCUCAAGGCUGGCAACACCGAGUGUGCUCUGAAGGCUUACAGGACCAUGUUAGCUACUGGGGUUGCCCCAAACUCCUAUACAUACACUGUUUUAAUCAAGGGACUCACUGCUGACCCCCACUUCAUUGAAGAUGCCAAGAAGUGCUUGCUUGAGAUGAUGGACAAGGGAUUGAGGCCCAAUGCUGCUACCUACACUGCAGUCAUAGAAGGUUUUGCAAGGCAAGAGGACAAGGAAGCUGAGGAGGAGGGUAAACAGUUCGUGGAGGUCAUGAUGGGUAAGGGGCUUGAGCCAAACGUAAAGGCUAUGAUGGAGGUUUUAAAGGGAAGACCAAAAGGUGUUAUAAGAAGGGUCAUCAGCAUUGUUCUUUCCAAGUUGAAGGGCUGA